AUGGAAUUGGCGUCGUCGAGCGUUGUAGUAGACAUUGGGGCGGCAAGUACUCGCGUGGGAUAUGCGGGUGAGGGGAAUCCCUGUCAGCUGCUGAACUCGUGCAUUGGAGUACGCCAACGUAGCAGCUUCGCAGGGGAUUCAAAUGCAUCUGGCGGCAACGAAAACGCCACAGUCCGCGAACUGAUAUUCCCCCUCAACUUCUCAGAGAGACGUGACGGAGUUGAAGUUGUGCCUGCGCUCUUUCCAACCUGGCGAGGUCCUAGUGGGAAGAGGAAGGGCGACUCAAGCCCCACAUACACUCUGAACGAAGAGGCGUUUGAGAACCUUGUAGCCCUCAGCUGUACAGGAGCACGGUCUGCUCGUAUCAGCUCAAGCGAAGGGGCCACGACGCUGGAUUGUUCAGGGUCCAAUGAUUCAAGAGCUAUAUGUCGCAGCAACUUGCGCCUGACGGAGUUGUGUGGUGUCGGGGCAGACUUGCGGGAGCAGCCACUACUCCUUUCCGAGCCAAACAUACAUUGCCGCGGCAUCAGGGAAAAGAUGGCUGAGAUACUCUUUGAAGGACUGCAAGUAGGAUCUCUGUACACGGCUAAACGAGCGCUAUUGUCUUGUGUUGCUUUGGGGAGGAGUAGUGCAAUGGUAAUCGACGUGGGGGCUUCUGGUCUAUCAAUUGCGCCAGUUUCUGAUUCAUUCGUCUUAGACCAACAUGUUACAGAGUGGCCGGUGGGUGGGGAUGCAAUGAGCCAGUUACUUGGCUCUAUCCUCAUGGGGCACAACCUCCCUGUACAUCCCAGCUUUGCCCGCUUUUCUGCACAAGGUCGGAUGUCGAAAACUGCAAUAGACAAGCCUGGGGAUUGGGACAAUGUUCACUCUUCCUACAUGCACUGGAGCCGCAUGCAAACUUUAUCGUUUCUAAAGGAGGGGUUAUGCCGCGUUGCAGACGACCCGCGGGAUGUUACCAUUGCGAGGAAGCCUAUUCUACUACCAAGUCAGCAACAUCAAGCAAAGAGACGUGGAGGUGGUGCAGCUGUUUCCCCAGAUUGCCCCGCCACAUCCCAGCUCCUAUUUCCGUUUUCGACAGCAGCAUCCGCUGCGGCGUUGCUCUCAAGCGGCGGUGGCAGUGAAGGAGGCCUCAUGGAGCUUCCGGACGGUACACGUCUUGAGGCAGAUCAAGUAGCCAUGAAGGCAGUGCCGGGUGGCGGUGGUGGCUUCCCGGGUCUUCCGGAGGCAGUGCGACAGGUGGUUGAGGCAGUUGAGGCGGACGGCAAUCGUGACAUUCUUAGUGCAUUGGUUCUCACAGGAGGCUGCUCCUGUAUCCCGGGAAUGGUAGAGAGAGUUAACCGCGAAUUGGUGGACGAUCCCGCAGUUUGUGGAGGCCAGAAGGUUAGGCUCCUUGCGGUGCCUGGGGCACAAGAACGUCGGUUUUCAACGUGGGUUGGAGGCUCGAUGCUUGCAAGUCUUAGUUCCUUCCAGGCUGCAUGGUGCAGCCGCGAGGAAUAUGAAGAACAUGGGCCAGCGGUCGUUCAGCGGAAAUGCUACUAG